AUUCCCGAAAUUAUUGUGGCCGGCCUGCGCGUACGACGAACGGAGGGUCGUUUACAUCGCGCGCGAGAAACGUUGUAUGUGUCAGAUCUGUCGCGCUUGUAGCGUGAAGAGCAACGAGGCCGCGCAAGGCCGCGAAUCUGACAACAACGAACUGACAGAUACGCACAAACAAAAUGUCCACGACACGCCACCCUGUGUUUAUCAGCGGUGGUUACUUGUGCGCGACAACGUGAUGUACUCUCUCGAAUCGUCACCGUCGGCUCGAAACAAUACACAAAUGAUAGCCCGUAAGAUGAAAAUAGGCGAGCCGUGGCACGAUGGUCAUGUCCUUUAACCGGUAUCUACCGGUGAUCCUGCCGGACAUCGAGGAGAGCGAACCCGGCGGUAUCGUCGCCGCAAGUGCAGUCCAGCCGUCCGAUGGCAAGCAACGCAUUUCCUACAUCACGGAUGAGACUGUCACAAGAAACUGCACCGUCACCACCACCGGUGGCAAUUCAACGACGGCAACCUCCGUGACAACGCCGGCGGUUACGGUGCCGCUAUGCGUUCUAGGCGAGGUACAGCUGCGCUUCCUCUGCCCUGAUGAUCUGGAGGAGGUCCGCUCGCUUUGUCAAGACUGGUUCCCGAUAGACUAUCCUUACUCAUGGUAUGAAGAUAUUACAAGCUCAUCAAGAUUCUAUGCACUCGCAGCAGUAUAUGGCGGAGUAAUAAUAGGACUGAUUGUCGCAGAAAUAAAACCAUAUGCCAUGUUGAACAAAGAAGAUCGUGGCAUCUUGUGCUCCAGUCUAGGAAAAGAUUGUCUAGUGGGUUAUAUACUUAGUUUAGGAGUACGUCGCGCAUACAGGAGAAACGGUAUAGCAUCGUUGCUGCUGGAACAACUAUUGGCUCAUGUCACUGCUCCUGAACGUUCUUCUGUAAAGGCAGUCUUCCUGCACGUGCUCUCUAGCAAUGCUCCUGCUAUAUUGUUUUAUCAGAGAUGUCACUUUCGGCUGCACAGUUUUCUUCCGUAUUACUAUUCAAUCCGGGGAAAGUGUAAAGAUGGCUUUACGUAUGUUCUUUAUGUUAACGGUGGACAUGCACCAUGGGGUAUUUGGGACUGGAUGCGUCACUUAGCUGGCGCAAUGACCAAUCUUGUACCAUGCAGAGUGCCGCGCUGGAUCUGGCAACGCCUUCUAUGGGCAACCACCAUUCUUUCUUAUCAUAGAUGAUAUAUUUUGUGAUUUGUUAUGUUCCAUCAUAUAUUUAUUUUCCUUUUUUGGAUUUCUAUAAAUAUUACGAGACAAAAAAUAUAAAGUGCCAUAAAUCAGUUGAUUUUAUGACAGAUUCAAAUAGUUAGCGUUCCAUGAUUUUGUUAAAUAGAUUUGUACUAAUAUAAAAUCAGAAAAAGGAUAUCGAUCAACUUGCAAUGAAUAUUUAAUGUAUCAAGUGCAGAAAGUGAGGCCUCAGAAUAAUGCGACUUUUGUUACCAAGGAUUGCUAGUUGUUGAAAACGUACUGUUACUAUGAUACUAUUGUAAUAGUUCGAAAUAUCCAACUGCCAAAAAUGAUUAAGUUGAAAUAAUUUGCACAUUCAUAUCUUCCAUCUUUUCUGAAAAUGCAGAUUUAAAUUAAUUUUAAUUUAGAGAAGAAACUUUGAGAUAUUUUUAUUUAAUGCAAUACAAGAUUAAAGA